AUGUCUUCUAAAUUAUGGCCACUCGUUCGCGACGUUGGAUUAUUCAAAGCAUUUAAAAGAUUAGCAGUAUCGGAAGUAUCAAAAAAUCAAAAAUUACCACGUGGUUUUUGUCGUACUCCUCCUUUCGGUAUUUUUGUUAAAGAAAAUUUUAAAACAAAUGAAUCUGGUGAUCCGCAAAAAUUUAUGAUCGAAAUGAAAAAUCGUUGGAAUUCAUUAGAUGAUUCGACAAAAAAAAUCUAUUUUGAUCGUUCAUUGGCCGAUUUUGAAAGUAAAAAAGCUAAAUUCGAAAGUUUAUCGGAUGAAGAGAAAGAAAAAAUUAUGAAAGAAGGGCUCAGAAGAAAAGAACGAAAACAAAAGAUGAAAGAGAAAAAAGCAUCAAAACGAAUUGGUCAAAUGCAUAAACCGCCUUCCGCUUAUAAUUUAUUUGUAAAGGAAAAUUCGUCCAUGUUCCGCAAGGCUCAAACCGUUGAACCUAAAAUGGUGAUGAAAAAUAUCGCUUCUUCUUGGAAUUCACUUUCAGAACAAGAAAAAAAGAAAUACGUUGAUCGUGCGAAGAAUCUCGCUGAAGAAUAUAAAUCAGCAGUUAAGUCGUAG